AUGUAUUUUUAUGAAAAUCCAUCCCCAAAAAUAUCAAGCAAGAUUAUAGAGUUUCCUUUUUCUCAAACAAUAGCAUCCAAAGCGCUUCGAGGAUCCUACAUAAAAUCCUUCUCAGCAAAACCUACACAAAGGAUCUUAACUCCUUAUAAAGAAAAAAAUUCAAAAUCUCCUCCCAAGAAUUUGCUGAAACCUAACAAGCAGAUUUAUUUGCCAUCAACUAAAAGACAAAAUUACAAGCCUAAAAGUAGGCUAGGAAAGCGGCUUCAACUAGAUGAAACUAUUCCUAUUUAUAAGUCUCAAGUCCACGUUGAGACUCCAACUUCCUUUUUAUACUCAACUCGUUUCCAAAGGAAUCCAAAGUUGGUAUAUGAUAGCACAAAAAGAGAUUAUGUGUAUCAAGAUGUAGAUGAAAUAAAUAAAAAUUUUAUUCACAAAUUUAAAGACAGCUCAUUUCAGCCGAGUCCAAGACCUCAGACUGCAAAGCCUGUUAGGUUAAAUAGCUCUUAUGCACAUGAAAGUGGGAGAUCAAAUAAAAGCCCAAAGAUGAUUAGAAUAUUUGAAUUUUAA